AUGGCAGACGAGCGCCUGCGCGCCUGGGUGAGCUCCAUUGACGCGACGUACGAGCUCGUCGAGAAUCCUGAGGUGCGUAAGACGUGUCCGGAUCUGGCAAGCAAGGUGGAGCGGGCUUUGUGGGCGUGUGAGUCGGCAUGGCAUGACUACGGUGUCGAUGGCUGUGCGUUCAGUUUCAAUGGCGGCAAGGACUGUACAGUGUUGGCGCAUAUUCUUGCUGCAUCACUGCGCCGCCUCCAAAAAAAGCAGGGAACGUUGGAUUUGGUGCCGAUUCGCACGUUAUAUGUGGCGUGUGAUGAUCCGUUUCCUGAGGUCGAAGCCUUUAUUGGCUAUGCGGCGACGAGGUAUCACAUGCAGUUGCGGACAGAACACGGGCCGAUGAAGCAGGCCUUAGAUUCGUAUAUGAAGAGCACCGAUGGGAAAGGCGUGCGUGCGAUGUUUAUUGGCGUGCGUCACGAUGAUCCGCACGGCUCCAAGGCCCGCGUUCGUGUGCCAUGCGAUCCGACAUGGCCCCAGAUCAUGCGUGUGCACCCGAUUCUCGAGUGGGAUUACCGCGAUGUUUGGGCCUUUCUGCGAUGCCCAUUGCUGCGAAGCAGAGAGGAGCACGUUCCUGCUUGUGUUGCUGGACAAGAGGCAGGGGUACCCUACUGUGUCCUGUAUGACCAAGGCUACACAUCGCUGGGCGAUCGGUACCACACCACCCCGAAUCCCCAGCUGCAUGACAUGUCCAAGAACCGAUUUCAGCCCGCCUAUCUCCUACAGGACGGAAGUAAGGAGCGCUGUGGGCGCCUGUCACAUAGUACCAAGCCUACAACGUGA